AUGGAAUUCUACAGAAACGGAAGAAUGGUGGAAGGUGCGAAUAGUUCUUUCAUUGUGUUGAUCCCUAAGAAGUGUAAUCCGUCAAAAAAUUUAGAUUACAGACCGAUUGCGUUAAUAGGAUGUAUCUACAAGGUGAUAUCCAAAGUUCUUGCAAACAAAUUAAAGAAAGUGAUUGGAUUAAUCAUCUCUGAAUCCCAAUCAGCUUUUCUAUCAAAAAGGCAGAUCCUAGAUGGCAUUCUAAUUGCGAACGAGAUAGCGGAUGAGGCUAGGAGGAAGAAAAAGGAAUUGCUUAUGUUCAAAGUCGAUUUCGAGAAGGCGUAUGAUUCGGUGGACUUGAAUUUUUUGGAUUGUGUGAUGAUAAGAAUGGGCUUUUACGAAAAAUGGAGGCACUCGAUAGCAAAAUGCUUAAAAUCUUCGGCAGUAUUUAUUUUAGUCAACGGCAGCCCAACUAAAGAAUUCAAGAUGCAAAAAGGACUACGGCAAGGCGAACCGUUAUCACCAUUUUUAUUCCUCAUAUUGCUGCUGAAGGCUUAA